AUGAAGCUCUUACUCCUAGCUGCCUUUGUGGUGGCCGCAACAGCUCUGCCCUUUGCAGAUAUAUUUGAGGAUGUGCUAGGCAAACCAGACACCAAGGUUGGCAUUUGCCCCCUCAUUCCCAGAGACGCAUCUUUCGGUAUUUGCUCAACCGUCUGCCAACUUGACAGGCAUUGUGAUGGCGACAAGAAAUGCUGUAGCACUCCCUGCGGUGGGACCGUGUGCUUGGACCCUGUCCCAGAACAGCAAGAACCACUCAAGCCGGUCACAACCCCAGAGGAGACCGUCUUGUCUGUCGAGGAGCAGUGGGUUCGCUUUGUGCAGGAGAAGCGUGAGACGGUCCGUAAGUUGAGGGAGUUCACCACACCACCAACGUUCUUCCAGAAGUUGACCAACGGCACAGAAGCUAUCAGGUUUUGUACUUCAACUCUCUGUGAAUGGAAGAAGUGCACACGUAUGGCCGACACCUUCACCUACAGCUUGAAACCAAGAAAGGAAUGGGCGUGCGCCUUGGCCACCUCCCCACAGCACUGCAUGGCAUGGAUUGAGCAAGGAUACGCUGAUGUGAUGAUCACUCGUGAUGAGGAUGUCUUCGUUGCAAAGACCAGGUUCAACCUCACGGCUGUCGCAUACGAGAGCACCUUGACCAAGAAAACUCCACCCAGCGAGUGGCAGAACGUCACCCUCGCCGUGGCUCGUUACACCACCAACAUCCAGACCUGGUCCGACAUGAGGAGUCGUUACUCCUGCCACACUGCCGCCAACGACACCGCCAGCUUCAAGACCCUGAUCGGGAGUCUCAUCCAGCAGGGUAUUAUCCCCCGACUUGGAGACUAUGUGGAGAGUGCUGCCGAGUUCUUCAGAGAGAGCUGUGUGCCAGGUCUUCUGAACAAGACAACCAUCAACAAGAACGGUACCUACCCCUACUCCCUGGAGGCAAGAUGCGACCACGAGGACCUGAUCACCCAUGGAGGCAUUGAGGGCGCUGUUCGUUGCUUGAGAGAGAACCGAGGAGACGUGAUGUUUGUCGACCACAAGACCGUGCAGACUUUGCUUCGUGAGGAUCCAACCGAGACCCAAUACAGGCUCAUCUGCAAGUCUGGUAACCAACCUCUGGGUGAGUGGGAGACCAAGGAUUGUCACAUCAGCAAGGUGCCCCAGCCUACUGUCUACAUCAGCCCUAAGAAGAUCGAGCUGAGGAGAGUCGUUCAGGAGAUCCUCACCCAGGCUGUGCAGACCCACAGCGGCAAGUCCGUCGGUGUCUUCAAGCUCUUCAGCUCCGAGGAGUACACCUGCCCGUUGGCCGGCCCAACCCGCGACCUCAUCUUCAAGGACGAGUCUAACGUGUUCAUCAACAUUGACGAGACCAUCAAGCCCCAUGCUGCUCCCUUCUUCACCGUAAUGGAGACCGUUGAGAAGCUGGUACCCAAGCCCACUGCUAGAAUCUGCGUGACCACCGUCCCGAUGUACGAGAGAUGCAGAACGUUCAAGGGAAGAUUCGAGCAGAUUGAAAGCACUAAGAACAUUGCUUGGGGUUGCGUCCGCGCCGUGAGCAAGAUGGAAUGCAUGAAGACAGUCUUGAACGGCUCAGCUGAGCUGAUGACCGCAAACACUGACGAGAUCUUCACCGCUGGACGGGAAUUCAAAUUGCAGCCAUUCUUGAGCCAGCAGUUCGACACUCUGACUCCGCUAGUUGGGGACAAGACCAAAUUUGAGAACAACACCUACACGUACACCAUCGGAGUGAUGAUGAAGGAGAAACUAUUCCAGAAAUACGGCCAUGAAGUCCGCUUCCUGAACAUGACCGGCCUGAAGACUUGCCAUGCUGGCAUCAGCAAGCUCUCCUCUUUCAAGCACCCCAUCGGAUGGCUCCUGGCCAACGGCACCAUCCCCCGCAUUGGCUCCGUCUUUGAGUCCGUCAGCCGCUUCUUCGACGACACCUGCCUACCCGGCGCUACCCCAAGGAACUUCACCUGGGACCAGGAUCUUGUCCUCGGCCAGGAACUCAACUGGGGCUACCCUGGAUUCUCUUUCUUCAACUUCACCGGCUUCGAGUGGUUCAACAUGAACGCCCCUAACACCUGGAACUACUACAACUGGAAGGGUAUGUCGCCCAAGUUCUUCAACGUCUUCUUCAAGGACAUGCAGAAGGAUGAGAUCAACGAGUACGUGACUAAGGGUGGACUUGCCCGCCUGCCAAUGCUUGCCAAGUUGUUGAGCGCCGGACCAAAAAGCCUAAGAGAUCUGUCCCGUCGAAUUGACCAGCUCCCCGAGGAGAUCCUUGGACUCGGCGACGAACUCUUGACCCUUAGAGGUCAGACUGGUGAGACCAAGCUCGGCGGUAGCUUGGACCUCUUGUUGCAGAGACUCCAAGUCAGGGAUCAGAUGAAGUCCAGAGACUGGACUUCACACAAGCACUCCUUCCAAAGAACCAGCCAACAAGUUGAUCCCCUCCUGUCGGCACUCUCUGACCGUCUGAACAGCCAGAGAUUCAACUUUGAGGAACAGCUGUCUGAGGUGAUGGAAUACAUCAACGAGGCACCGUCCACCAUCGACUACAAGAUGAGAGAGAGCAGCUGGAUCAACCACCCUGCUGUCAAGAACUUCCUUCAGGUCUACAAUCGCCGCUUCGUCAACGUUGACUUGUUCGACAACCUGGAGAUCCGCGAACAAGAGUACAAUCGUUACUUCAACCCUCUCUGGCUCUCCCCUAGAAUUGGAGGUUUCUUGGGGACCACCAAGGUCUACCAGGAGAAACUCUGCAAGGCCUGCGUCGGAGUCGGUGUUGCCAACUGCAUCGAGACCCCAGAGGAACCCUUCUCUGGAUUCCGCGGCAGCCUGGAGUGCCUGAAGCAGGAAGGUGGCGACAUAGCCUUCCUGGAAGCCCACAACGCCCGAGAGAUCCUGAGAGAAGGGAGACUGAGCGAGAGAGAGAUCGCUUUGGUGUGCCGCUCCGGCGAGGUGAUUGACUUCACCACCAACGAGGACGUCCUGAAGAGAUGCAGCUUCGGGGAGGUGCCAUACCCCGCUAUCUUGACAGCUUACAACAAAACAGGAAGCUGGCGUUGGAAUGUCACCAAGGCCUUCCUGGAGGCCCAGAAGCAGUAUAACAUCAAGGACCUGAUCACCGACUUUGACAUCCAGAACCCCACCUCCUUCAAGCUUCAGCCUGUUUCCCUCAUCAACCAGACCUAUGAGGUGUACCUCCAACCAAUGCUCCUUCGCUCAUUGGAGGCUCUCGUCAAACCCUCAUCAUAUGACUGGUGGAAGCAGGAUGCCAACGUCUGCCACGGAGAGACCUACACCAACGUCUUGACCCAGAGGAACGGAACUUGCAACGCUAUCGUCAAAGAUGUCACAUGCACCGGCACCCCAACCCCAAUCGUCAUGUCGGUCGGCCGCGUCGGAGAGAAGAAGAAGGUCUUGGUACCAAUGUGCAGCCGCCCAACAAAGUUUGUUCGUCAAAUGGCAGAGUACACCUGCGAGACUGGCGCCACCUACCUGAAGACUACCAUGGUACCCACCGCCUGCGAGUGCGUCCCAUGCGAGGAGUUCACCACUCGGCCGUCGUGGAACAAUGAUAACUUCUGGCAACAACCGGAGCAUCAAUACUUCCACACUCACAACGAGAAGAUCGACAAUCUGUGGGGCAAUGCUGAAUUCUGGAGUGAUCGAACCCUGACCCGUAACUUCGACCUCACCGAUGCCAUCACUGACCUGAAGCAGACCACGCGCGUCGGCCAGACCACCACAAAGACAGCGCCCUCGUGUGAGAAGCCAUGGACCGGAGACGGGUGGCAACGCGAGUGGUUCCCACAGCAGAGCAGCGUCCCCGUCUGCGAGCAGAGAGGAAAGACCCAGGCCGUCAAGACCAUCCAGGCUAUCAUUCAAAUGGAACUGGAAAAGGAAAUCUAGAGCGACGUCGCUAGAUCUCAAAAAAAUCAUAGGUCGACCAUCUUUGUUGGGUGUCCUGGGCUGCGUUUACGCGGUUGUGACCAAAUUGUUGUUUCGGUUGAACCAUUCCUUAUUCACUGGUCAUCGACCGAAAUUGUUGUUGGUAACAGCCCAAAAAACACAACCCAUUUAUAUACACACUAUGGCAGAUGAUGUAAUUCAAAAUGGCCGCCCCAUGAUUUUACCGACUUUCUUAUGAUUGAUGUGUAGAGUAAAUCUUAUUUUGUUCAGAAAUUUUAACAAUUUUUGUAAGCAAUUCUAGAUUAUACGGCUUACUUUUAGCAACCGAGAAGAGAUGAAGUUGAAGUCAAUUAUUGCCAAUGAUUUAUAUAUUAAAAAAAAACUGUUAAAAAAACUCAUUUACCAACUUACCAAUACAUUUCUCAAAAAAAGAGUUGUAACCAAAGUCUUUCUCAAUACAAAAACAGCAAACACAAUGGAUAUACAUGAUAGUAACUGUUUCAUUUUAUUUCCAUUUUCAAAGUCAAGAAUGAAUGAUGUUUAAAUUCCACUAUAGACAUAAGUUUAAGCAUGCACGUUUUCUUUUGUCUUAAAAAAAAAACAGUUCAGGCACUAAAUAUAUGUUAAUCCACUUUUGU